AUGUAUGGCCUCCAUGUGUUCGUAUCAACUGCCUCUACCAGAUUCAAAUGUUUGCUUGACUCGUUUCCGGCCAGUUUCCGAAGACGCCCCCAGUUCACAGCUUCUGUAGGGAGGUACCAUAACAACAAGACUUCGGCUGUUGGUGUGGAUGCCUCUUGCCUCCUCGACGCUUGCGCGUCCGGGCCACGCGAAACUGAACCAGUGUUGGCGUCAACUGCUCAUAACUCUUCCUCUGUCUCACAAUCUCUUCCUCUUUCUUUUCCCUUUUUCGUCUUUCUAAUCUGGAGCUCAUUUUUGAGCAUAAUUGCUCCCACCCAGACCCCCCCGACCACCUCACACACCCGUAGGUACCACAUUCUUCUAGCAUGGGCCCUCAGGCCUGCUUAUUCUGGUCUCCAGCGUCUCACAAUCGGAGACACGCAUACACAUACAUACGCAGAUGGGGACUUACUCACACUCAGCAUGUCUCCGGGGCAGGAGGCGUCCCUCCGACUGCCAAAGUUUCUGGCUCGGCACUUUAAGACAGUCGUCGGCUCUCCUCAGCCGGCGACUAUCACCACCCCACGUCCACAACCCACCAUCCUGUCCUAUCUUCUGUGCUCCUCCACCUCUUCCCGCCCGGGUUACCCACUCCUCAAAUCUGUCAAGACGACAAAGAAAGCUGCACAUGUGCAGGUGUUCGUGCCUUGUGUGCAUUUGAUAACGACACACCGAGAACCACUGCCUUCACAGCCUCCUCUUUGGCAGCCUGAAUGGCCGACCCGCUUGGCCGCUGCUUCCCUCCGACCGGUUGGACUCAGUCCUGAUGAGUCGCUCACUUGCCUGACGAGGAUAAAAUUGCAUCGAAUGGAGCAGCUGCACGAGAAGACACCGAAACACACACGAUCGUCAGUUGAUCGCGUUGACUGGGCGACCUCAACGAGUCCCGCUUGUCCGAAUUCCUCUGGCAUUGCAGCCACAAUUAAUUCCAGGGUUGGACCGUGGACUUUAUAUCUGCCGCCUCAGCAACUCUAG